AUGUUUAUACUUCCUUUCCUACUUUUUGCAACCUUUCAUUUAUCUCUCCAAAAUAGCUUUAAAGAACAUGCUCAGGGAGACAUUUAGUUACCUAUAUAAAAACGACAACUUUAAAGCUGCCCUUAAUUUUGUGAUGUUUGUGAUGAUUCUGGCUACUGCUUACAAUGCUGCAAUUGCGAUUUAAGGGUAUUACCUACUUGCGAUUGCUAAAUGGGUUAUUAUGAUUUCGAAGGCUCUUGCCUACCUUGUAAAGAAGGCUGUAUGAGUUGUACUUCAGCAGAUAGUUGCUUAGAAUGUUAAUCUACCUAUAUUAAAGAUCCAUCUACUAAUAAUUGCAUCUGUGAUAUUUCUAAUGAAGCAGGUGACUGUAAAAACCCAGAUGAAGGAUUUCUGAUAUAUUACUCAAGGUUUAUGAAUGAUUUUAAGUCUAUAGAGGUUAUAUUUAACCAAAUGAUUAAUAUUAUUGGUGUAGAUUUAAUUGAGCAAUUCUAAGCAUAAAGUUCUACUAAUUGCUAAAUACUAGAUUCCUAAACAAUAUCAAUUUAUUAGGGCUCUGCCUAUACAUGCUUUAUUGAUUCUUUGCGAAGAAAUAGAUUUAUUAUUUCAUUUUCAUCUUUGAGUUAGAGUUUAGAUUAAAAUAAAUUCUUCAGUAAUCCAAUAAUAGAUUAAACCAAGAUAAACAUUUAAAAUAAAUAAAAUGAAAUAGAAGUUAAAAAAAUCUAUAAUCUAGAAAAAAAGGUUGGAGAUCAACAUCACUCUAGGCAAAAAAUUUGCUAUUUUAAUUAUAAAAACCUAAUGUCUAACCCUAAAUAAGAUUAAAUAAUAACAUCCUUUAGUUAUUUUGAUAAUAAUUUUGAAAAUAUGAUAAAUUAUCUAUAAGCAACUAUUACAAGCCCAUAAUAAUAUACAGGAAUUUAAUUAGAUAUAAUGGGAUAAACAAUUCAGUUGAGUAAUUAUCUACAAAUUAUAUAAGAAGGACCGAUUACUAUAAGCCUAUAGUGCUAAUUAUUUGAUAUAAUAACAAUUGAUACAGCUACUGUACAGAUAACAUUUUAAUAGUCACCUAAUAAAAAUAUAUUUAUUUCAUCUUUGAUAUACUAUCAAAAUAUUAUCUAAGGUAGAUAUGACCAGAAAAUUUAGCAAAGUUUAAAUUUUAAUGUUCUUUAAGACUAUUAAUUGAAAAUUUAAACUCUCCCUCAAAUCAUAGACACACAAAUAAUUCAAUUAACUGAAGCGAGCAAUCUAUUUACAAUUAAUUUACCUGCUUACUCAGCCAAAUAUACCGAAACGAUCUACAUUAUGUAACAAGUAAUUGAUAAAACUGGAACUGUUGUUGCUCAAUAGAAUAUUGCCUAUCUUAAUCAUAAUAUCUAGUAUAUCCCCAAUCUAACUUAAACCUUAACCAACAUAAACCCUCAAAACGAUCUUUGGAUAGACGUAGAUAUAACAUAAUUUUAACUUGCUGAGUCUAAUAAAAUUGAUCCUAAGUAUGUUUCCCAAUCAUGGUUUUGUGUUGAUGCAAAUAAUAACCCAUGCUUAAAUGCAAGCUAAUAACCUUUAUAGAUAAUUCAAUUAAGUAACAAAAUGAAAGUCAAAAAGAAUUAAUUGUCGUUUAACACAAUCUAUUUCUUUUUCUACUAACUCUAAAGUAAUAACUUUUAAUAUAGCUCAUAAUAUUAGAAAUUUUCUGUAGACACAGGCUUGACUUAUGCAUAUGCAACUAUUUAAGGUUAAUAAAGUUCGGGUCAUAUUAACCUGCAAGAUAUUCUUAGUAUUAUCAUAUACAUUCACACAGACUUCCCUUACCAAAUAGAAAAAGCUCUUUACACUAUAAAUCUUGUUUAAAACGGAUAAAAAAAAAUACUAACUUCCACCUCUAAUUAGUUUUCGGUUUAGAUUUAAGAUUACUUUCCUAAUCCUGAUUUUUCUUAAAAACCUACAGAAUUAAUUAUUAGUUAUUCAAUAUACGAUUACUAUUUUAAAUAAAAUAUUCUCAUGUAAGACCCCUCUAAUCCUGUGAUUUUAGAGAUUUCAUCUCCAGAUUAGCUACAGAUAGAAAUAAAUCCAUUAAAUUAUAUUGCAUUUACAGAAUUGAUAACUAUUUAAUCAACUUCCAGUACUUCUAAGAUAUUCUAAUUUUUCUACUAUAACAAUGCUCAGGACAGGGAAUUUGAGCUAUAAAACCCAUAUUAAACAACAAGAAAACUACUGAGCUUAGACUAACCUGACUAACAUAUUACUUCAUAUCUACCUUUUGGUGAUGUAGUUAUAAUGCUGUUAGGAUUUAAUCCUGAUAUAUAUUAAUACACAAAUGUUACAUAUGUAUUACCAGUAAAAGAUAACAAUUUCAACCCACAAUCAUAUAUAAAUUACAUUCAAGAAAAAUAUAAAAAAGCAUAAUCUUAUUAGUAAUAAUCUUAGCUCACAAAAGAAAUUUUUGUCUAUCAAACUAUGAUUGAAGCUAUUGAAUAAUAUGAGAAAAAAGAUAAUAUUGUGGAUCAAGUAGUUUCUUAGAUUAAGCAAAAUAUUCUACUUAGACUACAGAAUAACAUAUGGCAAAACUAAAUUGAUUAAAUUUUUAAUCUCUCAGGUGAAAUAACCCUAAGAAUGAUAAGAACUAAAAUUUAAUUAGACUCUUUACUUUUUAAUAAAAUUGUCGAUCAAACAGUAAACAGAAUAAAAAAGCUUAACCAAUCAAUUUAACAAAUUUAAUCAUACUUAAAUUAAAAAUUAAAAUUCUAAUAUUAAGAAAGCUUUAGAAUUACUAUUUAGACAUACAUGGAAUUAGUUAAAAUUAGUGGAAACUCAGGUCAGAUUAGUGAAUAAAGCAUGAUUUAAAAUACUGUUAACGCUAUGGGUGGCUUAUCUAUACUUUUGCAUACUAAUCAGUCACCGAUUAAACUUUUUACAUCAGCUGCAUUAAUAUAAGUUGAAAAAUAUGAUGAUAUUUUAUUUAUGAGUAACUAUUUUCAGUAGCUAACUACCGUUGAUAAAAACUCAUUUUUGAAUUAAAAUUAAUUCUAUAUACUAACUCAAAGUUGGCCUAAUAAUACUUUUUUGUUUAGAGAUGAACUUGAGGUUUACAAUGAAAAGUAUAUGAUGCUUGCUAAUAAAACAACUUUAAACUUGCUUUAGACAACCUAUUCUAUUAAAAUACCUACAGUAAUACCAAUUUUAUUUUCAAAAAAUGAAGAUUCAAGAAGAAGGUUUUUGCAGUAGGAGCAAGACUCAAAUAUUCCUAGCGAUUUUGUAAUAACAUUCUCAAAUAUAACAGAAUAAGAAUAACUUAAGUGCAUCUAGCGUAGUAAUUCUGGGUAAUGGGUAAGUAAAAGUUGCAAAACAAAUUUAGUAAUAAAUGGUCAUUAAAGAUAAAUAGAGUGUAUAUGUAAAACUCCUGAUGUUACUUCUAUUAUAGCAGAUGCUGAAGCUUUAUUAAAUAAUGAAAAUUUAUCAAAUAUAUUUAGCGAGAGUGGAAUAGAAGGUCUGCUUAAUUUAAAAAAUUGGUAUGAAUAUGUAGCGAUAUGGACCAUUUUCGGUUUAAAUAUAUUUUAUGUAUGCCUAGCUUGCAUAGCAAGAAAAUUUGAUAAGAGAGAUAAUCUUAAAAUAUCUGAUUUACAACAACAUGAAACUUAGAAGGAAUAAGAAGUAUUAAAUAAGGAAACUAAAUAAAACGAGAAAGUUUUUAUUUUAAUCAAAGCAAGGAAAAGCACUUUCUUAAGGCUUUCUAAUACCCUAGAAAAUGGAAAAAAAAUACUAUAAAAAUAGUAAUUAGAAUAAGAAAAAGUAAAUAACGUAUGUGAUAAUGCUAUACUCUAAAGUCAAAUUAAAGAAUAAGAGUUAACUGAGGUUCAAAGUUGCUAAAUUUAAGAUAAAAGUAAGUUCUCAAUUUAAUCACUAAGAUAAAUAGAAAACCAUCAUGAAACGACUAUUAACAAGAAUUUAAGCUAAAAGCCAACUUGUGAUUAAUUAUGUGGAGAAAAAUAGACUAAUAUAUCAAUUAAUAUUUAGAAUAACUCAUAUUUGAAGCCUAUUUAAUGUAUAUUUGCAGCUAAAGAAGAUGAAUUUAUUAGUAAAAAUAUCAAAAUCCAUUAAUAAGGUGAGGAUAAAGAUAGUCACUCCAAGAUUUUAUGCUCAAAGCUACAAAUAGAUAAGAGUCAUGAAUUGAGUGAAGAAGGAAAAAAGGAAAACAUUAUAGAAAGUUAGCACAGUAUUUAGCUAAAGUAUCAUCUUAACGAUGGUAAAAUAUCACCUAAAAAUAAGAACUAACAUCACAUGACUGAUGACAGUUUUAUUUAAUCAAAGAUAAAAGAUGAUCAAAUUUAAUAAAGAAAUUCUAAUGAAAAUGUGGAAUAAGACUACAAUUAAACUAAAGGUAGUGAUUAAGAUAAGCAAACUUAGAAGGAGGAAAAGAAAAAAUUAAAAAAAGCUAAAAAAGAACUUGCAAAAUAAAAGCUGAUAGAAUAUCUAAAUUAAGAAAAAGUAACUUUUGGAAUUUUAUCAUUCCAUUAGUUUUUUUCAAUUUUCUUUAUUUACUAUGAAAGCUAAUCAAGAGUUCUUAGGUCAUCAAUAUUUUAUAAUAAAAUGGUUUGGCUGUUGGCUUUAAAUUCAAUUUUUGGUAAAAAUUUAAGUAUUGUUCAAAUAUUAAUUUUAAGCAUUGUCUCAUCCAUCGUCCUAUGGGUAGUUACUCUUAUCAUUUCCAUCUUUCUAGACAAAAAAAAAUUUUAAAAACUUGGAAUCUUUAUUGUGUUUUCUUUCUGCAUCUUUUGCUAUUACAGUAUAUUGGUUGUGAUUUCAAGAAGCUCUGCAUAUGAAUCAAACAUAUGGGUUAUCACUUAUUUUUCAACACUCAUUCUUAAUGAAUUUCUAUUUGGUAUGAUCAAAAGUACAGCUUAGUAUUUCAUUUGCAAAAAAGUAUUGUAAAAAAUUUAAAACAAACAUAUUUUGAGCAUGCUUGGUGCUGGCCUUUUAUUAAAAACUUUGAGUGUUUGA